AUGGCGCCAGUCUGCGAGACCGACAGGAACCGGUACAAGCUCGUGCUUCGCGUGCAACGUGCUGAAGCGCUGCAGCACUCGUCUUCCCAAGGCGCUUACUGCAAGCUCUACGUAGGCCCUACCGUCCAUACCGAUGGCACGUGCAAAGCUGCACGGGCGAGCAACAAGGACUCGACAGCGUCAACUGCUGACGACAUGACCGCGAUCGAUUGCACCGACGUCCAGCAGCUUCACGUUCGUCGAACGCGCACGCAGUCGCAGCAGUUCCAUGCUCGAACGCCGUGUGAAACAGUGUGGGACGAGGUCUUUGUCGUGCCCCUUCGACGGGACGUGGACCUGGCGCGCCAGAUCGUGAGCAUUCGCGUAAAGAGCCAGCACGUGUUCUUCUGUCCGGUGAUUGGUGUUUGUGCCAUCUCGCUGGCCAAUUUCUGUCCCGGUGAGCGCCUUGAGCAGUGGUUCCCGCUGGAAAAAGGCAGCAAACCUGCUGGUCGUAUCCGCGUGAUGGUCUUCAUUGCAUUGCAAGAGACAAAGCGCUUUCAGAACCGACGUCGCCAGCCGAAUCCAGCUGUUGUGGCGGCUCGAGCUGCGAGUGCUAGAGCCGACGAGGCGGUCGAGCGAUUGGUGGAAAAUCAACUUCAGCGACAACGUGAGCGCCGUCAGAAGAGACAGGACACCUGUUCUUCGAGUCGAUUGUGUGGUGAAGGGAAUCGGUUAAUUGACAGUGAGCAAGCGGAAGAUUACGGAAUGGAUUUUCGAAGCAACAUCAUGGAGCGACAGAAGAGGGACUAUCGACAUAGACGAGACGAUUAUGAGACGUGGCCACCAUUACCGAGUAUUUCGAUGCCGAAAAUGUUGCCGCUCGUAGGCACACCUGCUGCAGUUUGGGGAAAUAACGUGCCUUUACCGACUGAUAAGUGCUCGAGUGGUCUGCCGUCCGAGCAAAGUCACGAGCAUGUUGAGCUGUCCACGAUGGUGGAGUAUGAGCAACGACUCGACAGGAAACUGCUGCAAGUGAGGAAGGAAAUGGCGCGACUUCGCAAACUCAAGUGUCAAUUGAAACAGUAUCUUCCAGAACUACAGAUGGACUCGGAUUCGGACGACUCGAUGGACUGUGACGAGGAGGAGGAGGCUGAGAUGUUGAUGUCGGGAUCGUCUAUGACGAUGAUCUCGUCCGCGUCAGAGUGA